GUUGGAGAACGGCCUGAGCUCUUGCAAAACUUCUUUUGUCUCGCGUUUAAAAAGUGGUGGAAGCGAGAAACGAGAAUAACGCGCAGUUGUACUAUAAAACAGUCCACGAAUUUUUUCACUGCCGCGAUAUCACGCUCCCAGGAGUCUCAGAGCCACGGAGGAAGGAAAAGCAAUUCUCAGGGCCAACUCUCAACAUUGAUCGACACGAUACAGUCGGCAAUAUCGGCGAGAAACGAAACUGAGCCGAACGAGGCUACUCCUCUUUGUAACCUGACCACAGAACACCCAUAGACCUGACUUGCAUGCAGCAGGUCGUGCUUGCAUGCCAAUCCAAUCCAAGUAGCCGCCGCUUUCUACUCGGGCCCUUCUCGACCAUUCUAUUCUGCAUUAUGUGUACUCACGGUUUUCCCGUUCUCGUUUCGCCACUUUACAUUUCACGCUUUUUCCUGCAACCUCUUUCCUCCGUUGAGACAAGCUUGCGGGAUCUGAAGGCUGUUCUAGACGAGAUCUUAUUGCGCCGUCGGUCUGCUAACGGUGCGGAGUCUUUUUCGGUUCUGUCCCUGUAGCUCGGGUGUAAACGCACAGGUGCUCACGGAAAGCAAUGUUUCUAAUCGGACUGACCGGCGGCAUCGCGUCCGGUAAGAGCACGGUCGCCAGCAUCUUGCUUUCGCUCGGAAUCGAUGUCAUAGACGCUGACAAGAUCGCCCGCGAUGUCGUCGAGCCUGGAAAGCCCGCCUGGGUCCAGAUUCGACGGGAAUUCGGCUCGGAGGUGCUGUUAAACGACGGCCAGCUCAACCGCCCCGCACUCGGACGGAUCGUGUUCGCCGACCACGAGAAGAGACGCAAGCUAAACAGGAUCACGCAUCCAGAGAUACACAAGGAAAUGGCCUUCCAGAGCCUCAAGCUGUUACUCAGGGGCCGCCAGUUCGUCGUGGUCGACGUGCCGCUGCUGUACGAGACGAAGACGAUGUUGCGCUUCGUGCACAAGGUGAUUGUCGUGAAGUGCACACCCGCGCAGCAGGUCGAGCGGCUAAUGCUGAGAAACGGCUUUACCGAGGAAGAGGCGAGGAGGCGCAUCGAGUCUCAACUGCCCUUGGAGCAGAAGUGCGCCCUAGCCGAUUUCGUCAUCGACAACACCGGGGACCCGGACAGGGUGCGCGCUCAGGUCGAAGACAUCGUCCGCCAGCUCAGGAGCUCGUGGGCCCACUGGAAGGUGCGCGGCACCGUGCUGGUGGCUCUGCUGGGGCUGUUGCUAGGUGUCAUGUGGUUGAUAGCUCGCGUCUCUAGUGCGCUUUAACUUCGACAAAAAAAAAAAAAAAAAGGGCCACGUAGGCUGUCCAUUGUGUGCACUCCAAUGUGCCUUUCGUAAGCUCUCAGAUCCCUCUACAUCUGACUGGAGUAGCUGUUAGACUGCAUUACCUGCUGCCGUGGCACACCUCCAAAGCUGUGGAAAUCGAGGGAAAGAUUGCAAUUCUCGUUUCAAGGCAUUGCAAGUUGUAACCGUUAACCAACUGCUGGAAGCAUCACCUAAGCAUAGACUUGAUGGUAUGCUCACGUCAUGCUCAUGUCAUGGUAAUACAACGGUGGCUUUAAAUAAUGUAUUUUAAUACCGGUGCAAGGUGUACAUACACAGGGUUUUAUACAAGAAUAAUUAUUUUUGUGUUCAUGUAUGAAUUGCAACACACAGUGAUAAAUAUAUUAACUAUGAUACCGA